AUGGGAAUUCCCAUUUGUGGCGCCUGUCGUCGACCCAUUGAGGAGCGUUUGGUCACUGGCUUGGGCAAGCACUGGCACGUCGAGCAUUUUGUGUGUGCCAAAUGCGAGAAACCAUUUCUGGGUCAUUGGCAUUAUGAGAAGCAUGGCCUGGCUUACUGUCAGGCGCAUUAUCAUCAAUUGUUUGGCGAUUUGUGCUUUAUCUGCAAUCAGGAGAUUGGAGGAGAUGUUUUCACUGGUUUAAAUAAGUCCUGGUGUGUCCAUCACUUUGCCUGCUCGUUGUGUGAUACAAAGAUGACUCAGAAAUCGAAGUUUUAUGAAUAUGAUGAGAAACCUGUAUGCAAGAAAUGA